UAAAUAGUACUAACAAUUCAUACACAUAUAUAAAGAAAAUUAUCAUUAUCACAUUAUUCCAAAAGGAAAACCACAAAGAAAAUUCACAACCAAAUUCUUUUCUCUCUGUUUUUUCAGUCUUUUUGCUGUCUUAAGAACAGAUAUAUAUACAUAAGGGUGCAAUUAGAGGAGUGCGAUCUAGUGUUUCGGGUGUGUUCUACCACUUGAUCGUACUUGGUUGAUAUCUUCUUGAGAUAGAAAAGAUUUAGCUUUAACUGAUUUUGGAACCAUGCCAGUUUCCAGAAACGAAGAGCCUGGAGUUCUUUCCCAGCAGUCUAGUAGCUCUUCGUCAGGUAUUGUCCCUCUUAAGAAGAGGUGGUGCUCUAUGGUCCAACCUAUCCGUGCUGAGCGAUCUUCUUUUUCUAAUGAAAAUGAAUCCAAGACCAAAGAUUCAGCCUUGAGCCAAGGAUCGACCUUGACUUCUUGUGAUAGUACAGGUAAAUCUGAUACUCCCAGGAACUCUCUUCUAAAGGUAAAGGAAGAAAGACCUUCGGGUGCGAAAGUUGACUCUCAGCCUACUAUGCUACCAUUUUUAUCCAUAUCUCCGGAAACAAAUCCUAAUACUAGCUCCGGUACUUCAACAAAUGUUGACAAUCUAGUGAAACCAGCAUUGGCCAAAAAAUUAGCUGGCCAGGGAGCUAUAGGUAGAACAACAGUGACUGUCAAGAAGGAAGCUAUUGCCAAACAAGGGGAAAGCCACGGUAAACUUGAACUUCCUGCCAAUUCAGGGAACGUUGAGUUGUCAUUAGGCCCAAAGGAACCUCAAGUUUCUUCUUUGGUUGAUCCUUCAUUGCUUUCUCUAUCUUUGAACAAAGGGAAGGACAUUUCCCAGGAUGGAAGUUGCAAGAUUGGUUUGAAUAACAAAGCUGCUGAUGAUACUGCACACACUAAUAGAUCUAAUUGGGAUCUGAAUACUCCUAUGGAUUCAUGGGAGGCUGGUGAUGAUGCUCCUGUUAAAGAGACAAGUCAUAUUAGUUCUGCUUCUGUUAUUGGUGCUAAUGAUAAUAAAGGGAAGCAAGUUGUUGGAGCUAGUGAGCAGGGAUUUACUUUUCCCAUCUCAUCAAUACAUCCUAACUUAAGAUUCAAGUCCGUGGAUGUGCUUCGUCUUAGUCUUGGCAGUACUUUACGAGAGUUUGACUCCCCAGCACUGCAGUCAUGGGCUAAAGUAGCCUCCAGCAGGGUUAGUCCGAACUCGGGUUUGCUGAAAAAUCCAGCAUUGGAUAGAAAUAUGAAUUCCACCACUUGUAAAACUGUUAAGUCAGAACCUGUUGAAGAAGCUAAUGUUGGAGCUGUGUGUCGUCCAGCUGGAACAUUGGAGGCUAAUGUAGUAAAAACUGAAGUUGUGAGUCAGAUUCAGCAGUCUAUUGAGUUGUCAACUAAGGACCUUCAGAAAUUAGUUGAGCAAAAACCAAUGAAAUGUGAACCACUCCAGGAGGUUAGCCAGGAAAUAUCUAUGACAUCAGAUGUGAUUGCGCACCAAUCAGUUGGAAGGGUUUUGCAGCUUCAGGAGAGUUCUUCGUCUUCGUGUUCUUCUUCUUCGUCUUCUACACUGCCAAUGCCUUUGACCCCUCAACAGGGAUGCCCUUCUAGAUUGUCGACCUGUUCAGAUUUGUCUGUGAGUGGGGACUUGUGUGCUCCAUCUGAGUACUCUGUUCAUACUAAUGAAGAUAAUAUAAGUAAAAAUGCUCUAGAUCAUGUAAAUGCUGAUAUUGCUGCUAAAGAUGCAAACUUUGACCUCAAAGAAUCAAAUAUAUCCAGUGAUAAAGUGGAGGCAUCUGUUUCGGAGGGCAUGGAUAUUGAAGAUCACAUGGGAUACAAAAAGACACAAGAUGCACAUAAUUUGGUUGCAAGUGGUGAGAGAUCAGCAAACAAUGAGGAAAAGAUAAGUAUAUCAGCUGGUACAGAAGAAGAAUGUUAUGGUUCUGAUUAUGAAUCUGAUGGUCAUCAUGCUUUUGUGGGACACGUUGACACUGCGAGUGGGUGUGGCAGAGAGGAUGAUGAAUAUGAAGAUGGUGAGGUCCGAGAACCAAUGAUGCAGUCAAUUGCAGAAGACCCAAUUGCUGAAGGGCUAGAUUCCGACAAAAAUAAUGAAUCUUCUAGCAAAAAUGCUCAUUGUUCUGGAUUUCCUGGGGUUGGGGAAUCUCAUUGCUUCAAAAAUGAUGAAAAAGAUUACAGUAUACCAGUUCAUACUGUGUCUAAUGAUGACUUUGUUAAAGGCUGUGAUGGGAAAGCUCACAAAAUUGAUCAUAAAGACGGUAAUCUGCAGAGUCCAUUAUUAGAUAAAGAGGGAACAACUAGAGAUAAUGAGCAGAGGCCUAUUGGCGCUAUUCAACAAGGACCAGUUGAUCAACCAGGAAUAGCAGAUGCGCAGGAAGGAUGUGAAAAGGAUGUCUUAUCUGACGGAGCAGCUGCUGGUAUCAAUGCGGCUGGCAGAAAUGUUGGUGAGGCUAAUAACGAGAAUAUUGGAAGAGCUGAUAUGUCACCAACAGCCGAUCCAUAUUUGCAAAAUGCUGAAAGAUCUCUUAAUUCUAACUCUAGUAAAUAUUUGUCAAAUGUUGGAGGCAAGAGCCGGAUUAUCAACUUACCUCGUGCAUCCAAUGCAACAUCUCCUAGUAAUUUCAGACCUUUUAUGGGUAGGUCGCCGUCUUCAAGAAGUGGAAGAGAAAGGUAUUCAGAUAUGGAGGAGGAGAAAUUCCAUCUACGAAGUAAUAGAGAUGAAACUUAUGCUGAUGGUCCUAAGUUUGUGCCAAAUAGGUUUCAGGACCGGUCAUUUGUCAACUCGAGGGGGAACUUCAUGCGUGGAAGAGGGAGGGCUUCGACCCGGUUUAACCGUUCACGUAGAGAAUGGGAUUCUGGGCAUGAUUUUGAAAGCUAUAGAGGUGUAUCCGAUUAUCGGUUUAGACGUAACCGUACAGCUGCUGUUGGGGAAUCUGAAUUUGAACGUAAUGACUAUGAUAGAAGACUAGAUAAUACUGCCUUUUCUAGCAGUAGGAGGAGGAAGCCAUUAAGUGAUGCCUUGCCUUCAUUUCGGCAUCCACCUGCACGUCGACUGUCCCCCAAUGGAAGAGAAGGUGCUGCUAUGAUGGGCAUUCAAAUGCUUCGUAGAGCUCCCAGGAAUAUCAGCCCAAACAGAUGCACCGAUGAAGAUGACUCUGAGUUGGUAGGUGUUCGGCAUAGUGAGAAGUUUAUUAGGGACUUUCCAGCUGAUAUUAGUGAUCCUGUUUAUAGUCACCAGCAAUCUAUGUAUGAUGGAUCUGAUGGUCGUUUCGUUCAGGGUAAUACAAAGUUUACCGCGAUGCAGAGAAGAUGUUUCCCUCGAAUGCAGUCUAAGUCUCCUGUUAGGUCCCAUACACGCUCCCUUGGCCCUUGGUCCUCUCCUCGGAGGAGAUCGACAGAAGGAUUCAGUGGUCUUCAUGAUUCAUCUCGGCACAGGUCUCCGGUUAUGUACAGGGAAGAUAGGAUGAGGUCUUCUCCACGAACUUCUUUUGCCGAAGAAGCAAUAGCUCCUCGAAGGCGUGACUCGCCAUCAUAUACUGCUCGGCGUCUGAAUGACAUGAGGGACGUGGAUGCUGUACAGGAGCACGGUCAUCCAAGGUCUCUUUCUAGCAGAAGAAGUCCAUCUGAUCGGGUAUUUAAUAGAAGCAAUAGGAGACUUGAGAUUAUAGAUCGUCGGGAGAGGGAUGAUGGUGACGAGUACUAUGAUGGGCCGAUACACACUGGUAGAUGUUCUGAGCUUCGCAGUGGUGGAAGGACUGACGAGAGAAGGAAGUAUGGCGAGAGGCGAGGACCUAGGCGAAUGAGAAUUGUCGAAGAGGAAGAAGGUAAUUUUAGACAGAGUGGACAACUUUGGCAUGGAGAAGAAUUUGAUGUCUCCAGAUUGAAGAGAAGAAGAUUUACUUGAUAGCUCACUGAACCUGUUUCUGCAUCUUUUUGUUCCUGAAAGAGAAUUCCUGUUCCUGGCAGACAGACAGGUUAUAGUAAUGUGCUGCGUGUAUUGAGGAACUGAGACCGACUUUUGAAUGCAUCUAGAUGAAUGCAAUUGGGGGUUGGGGGUGGGGUGGGGGGUGGGGGUCUGGCCUGAAGAGGGGUUGAUAUCUCCUUAUCGAAAAGUAGCAGAUUUUGGCUUAAUAGCUCAUGGGACCUUGAAUCUCUGGGAAGUAUGCAUUUAUGCAUGUUUUUGCUUCAAUCUUGUUGCUAGUAGGCCGUCCAAGGAACGUGCUUCUUAUCAUUGCUGCCUGCAGUUUGUUGUUUCAGAAGAAGUAUACAACUAGUUUAAGAAGAUGCUCUUUUAUGCUGGCUUGAAAAUAGCUAGUUAAAGUUGCUACUGUGCUGGCAUGAAUGCUGCUAGUUUAAGUUGCUAAUGUGCUUGCUGGCUUUGUGUAUAGUUUAUAAGCCUUAAACACAGCUUUUAGCCGCUCCUAGAAUCCUUGGAACGGAGCAGAGUCCUUUGCACAGUUUGGUAAGCUUGAACUUCGUCUUGAGUUCUCUACAACUUCAAGAUAAGCUCAAACACUUAAAUGAUUCCUAGCAAUAACAACUAUCCAUGACUAAUCGCGGGGUAAAUGACUUCAGUGGUUUACAAGUGUUUAACCAGCUGGUGAUGGCCAGUUAGACAAACAGGUUGGUGAUGGGAUAUUGUCCCAAAGGGAAUUUUGCAAGUGUAUGAUAUAACAAUAACACCAUCUAUAAGAACCAAUAUCAUUGAGGUGGAUGUCCAUGCUUACCUCAUUUGCCUCUCUUGAGAUGCCGUCCUGUCCUCUUUAACUUUUUUUGGUUUAACCAUUCGGUAUUUGAAGCCACCGGUUGAACUAAUCUUGAUCUGCGCCUUGUAGGCUCACUAAAGGGGUAAAACGCUCUACACCAAAAUGUCAACCAUUGUACCUAUAGGGGUAAAGUGUUAUGCAUCAAAAAGCUACUCAUCCUUGGGAUUUGAAUUUUAGGCCUCUAUUAUUUCACCAAAAAUUGUUUGUUCUCGGGUUCAAAUUCCAGACCUCUAUUAUUUCACCCAAAGUUAUUCAUUCUCA